AUGACUGAUGCCUCUCCAUUUAGUACACAAAUAAUACGUGGACUUAGCGAUAAAUUUUAUGAGAAGAGGAAGGCUGUUGCGCUUGAUGUGGAAAAAUUGAUUAGAGAAGCUGCCAAAGAGGGAGACGUAGCCAAAAUAAAAGCUAUCAUUAAUACGUUGAUCAAUGAGUUUGCAUACUCGCGAAAUUCUAACGCACGGAACGGAGGAUUAAUUGGAUUAGCAGCCGCAUCAAUUGCACUCGGACAGGAUGUUGCACCUUACCUGGAUGAUAUCGUUAUGCCUGUUCUGCAUUGCUUUAUCGAUCAAGACAACCGUGUGAGAUAUUAUGCAUGCGAAAGUAUGUAUAAUAUUGCCAAAGUAGCCAAAGGAGAAAUCCUGAGAUAUUUUAACGAAGUGUUUGAUGCCAUGGGCAAGCUCGCGGCCGAUUCAGAACUCUCGGUAAAGAACGGUGCCGAACUCCUUGAUCGUCUAAUUAAAGACAUUGUAGCCGAACAAGCUACAACAUACGUAUCCAGUGUCGAUGUUCCUCCGAUGGUCAAGAAGGAGGACUCGACAAUGCCUGCAGCUAUGCCUCGCACAAAGGCGUUUUCCCUUCCUAAAUUCAUUCCUCUACUCGCUGAACGUAUUCACGCCAAGAAUCCCUUUACAAGAAGCUUUCUAGUCUCUUGGAUCGCUGUCUUGGAUUCAAUUCCAGACCUCGAACUCGUAUCCUAUCUGCCGGACUUUCUCGAGGGCUUAAUUAACCUUCUCAGUGAUUCUGACAGGAAUCUACGUCAUGCGACUUCGACGGUACUCGCAAACUUUUUAUUGGAAAUACGUGAAGCCGUUGAGGUGAAAGAGCAACAAAAACGUGAGGCUAUGAAGAAGUAUUACGUCGAACACCAAAGAAAAGCGGCCAACGCAGACACUGGCGAUACCGAAGAUGGUGUAUUAGUCUGGGCAGGUGCCGAUAAGGCGAUUAAUUGGGACGUGGUAUCAGUUGCUGAAACCGAAGACAGAGGAAAAGGAUCGGGAGUUUGGAUACCCGGGCAAGGGGUUGUGAUACAUUUUUCACGGAUUAUCGAGAUAUUGAUGCCGCAUCUUUGUUCGCAAGAGGAAGGGAUACAAGAAACGGCUCUGAAAUGGAUAAACGAGUUUAUCCAGCUUGCAAAAGAGGUUAUAGUUCCGUUUACUCCACAACUGAUUAGAGCGGUGCUGCCAUCAUUGGCCCACUCUGCUGCAAAUAUCAGGUCCAGCGCCGAAAACGUCAAUUCCAAUCUUUUCAAAUUAAUCGUUGAAAUGCCAGCAGCUGCAUACAACACACCGAUAACUCAGAAUGUAUUAACCAAAGAGUCACAUUCUUCUGGAAAAUUUGCGUCAGCUGUGUCAUUGGCAUCGUCAUUUAUGAGAUCAACUUCACCUUCAGCAGAGGUGUCUCCAAUGUUAUCGCCGAUUUUGGAGAAAAGUCCACAAGCGCUUUUACCGGUGGAUCUUGGCAAGAGCCUUAGUGAUCCAUUUGAUUAUCAGGCCACAGUAGAUGCGUUGGUACAUCAAUUUUUGGAUGAACAUGAGGAAACGAGAGUCGCUAGUUUGGAUUGGUUGUUAAUGCUUCAUAAAAAGGCGCCUCAUAAGAUUCUGGCGAUCGAUGAUGGUACGUUCCCAGCAUUACUCAAGACCUUGUCCGACCCAUCGGAAGAGGUCGUGAAACGGGAUCUUCGGCUAUUAGCUCAAAUUUCUUCAAAUUCGGAAGAUGCAUACUUUACACGAUUCAUGAUUGAUCUAUUACAACUAUUCAGCACCGACAAGCGGCUUCUCGAAUCAAGAGGCAGUCUGAUUAUUCGGCAGCUAUGUCUCAGUCUGAAUUCGGAGCGCAUUUACAGGUGUUUUGCGGAAAUUUUAGAAAAAGAAGAGGAUUUGGAUUUUGCAUCCACGAUGGUGCAGAACUUGAAUAUCAUCUUGAUCACUGCUCCGGAGCUUUCUGAACUCCGUAAACGACUAAAGAAUUUCGAUGCUAGGGAUGGACAAGGACUAUUUACUGCUUUGUAUAAAUCAUGGUGUCACAACCCAGUUGCGGUGUUCUCAUUAUGUCUACUUGCCCAGGCUUACGAGCAUGCUUCAAACCUAUUGCAGAGUUUCGGGGAAUUGGAUAUCUCUGUUAAUUUGCUUAUACAGAUAGACAAGCUUGUACAAUUACUUGAAUCGCCUGUAUUUACGUACCUACGGUUACAGCUGCUUGAACCUGAAAAAUACCCGCAUCUGUUCAAGUGUCUUUAUGGCGUCUUAAUGUUAUUGCCGCAAAGUAGCGCCUUUGCUACAUUGAGAAGUCGUCUCAAUAGUGUAAGCUCCAUGGGAUUUUUACACUUGGUGCCUAAAAGCUCAUCUUCCGAGAGCAAAAAACACAAAGAAUCUAAAGCAUCUAAAGAAGAUGGGAUUAAAUUUCAAGACCUCUUAUCUCAUUUCCGAACUGUUCAAUCAAAACACGAGAAAAUAUAUAAACAAGUCCAAAUAAUAAACAGAUCAUCAGGCUCGGCCCGCCGCCGCGGUCGCGACAGAGAGCGAACGGCAUCAUUGAACAAUAACAUUUCAAAUAAAUCAUCAGGCGUAUUACAAUUGUCCGGCAAUUCGACGACAGGUGUGCCUGCGAUAACGUCAACUACAACAGAGACACGACGUCGGACGAGUGAUGCUUCGACAAAGAGUUCUAGACCACAAAGUCCAAAACGCAUCAAUCAUAAGAAGUAG